ACGCGUUUCCGAGGCCCCUUCUGUCCCAACAGAGCUUCUCUCCGCGUUCCCCAGGAGCCCGGCCAGGAGGUUGGACGAACAAAGUGCACGGUUCACCUGCUGGCGGCCUCAACCCAGCCGGAGAAGUGGACAUGAGGUUGGCAGGCCCCCUCCGCAUCGUGGCUCUGGUUGUGACUGUGGGUCUCACCUGGAUUGUAGUCAGCAUCCUCCUGGGUGGACCUGGCAGUGGCUUACCUCGCAUCCAGCACCUCUUCACCAGUCCAGAGAACUCAGUGACUGCAGUGCCGCGGGCCAGGAAGUACAAGUGCGGUCUGCCCCAGCCAUGUCCUGAGGAACACCUGGCCUUCCGCAUGGUCAGCGGGGCUGCCAAUGUCAUCGGACCCAAGAUCUGCCUCGAGGACAAGAUGCUCAUGAGCAGUGUCAAGGACAACGUGGGCCGUGGACUGAACAUUGCCCUGGUGAAUGGAGUUAGCGGUGAGCUCAUUGAGGCCCGGGCCUUCGACAUGUGGGCAGGAGAUGUCAACGAGCUACUGAAGUUUAUUCGGCCACUGCAUGAAGGCACCCUGGUGUUCGUAGCAUCUUACGAUGACCCAGCCACCAAGAUGAAUGAAGAAACCAGAAAGCUUUUCAGCGAUCUGGGCAGCAAGAAUGUCAAGGACCUGGCCUUCCGGGACAGCUGGGUGUUUGUAGGGGCCAAGGGUGUGCAGAACAAGAGCCCCUUUGAGCAGCACGUGAAGAACAGUAGGCACACCAAUAAGUACGAAGGCUGGCCCGAGGCACUGGAAAUGGAAGGCUGCAUCCCUAGGAGAACCACAGCCAGCUAGCCAGACAAGCGCAAGGACCAGGCUGAGGGAGGCUGCGUGUGCCCGGCCCCGGAGGAGGCAGCAGCAGUGCCAGCGCAGGGCUGAGUCCUGACCCCAUUCCUGACCAGGAGUGCUCUCUUGCUUCAACACAUCAGGGCUCGAAGGUGGUGACCGGUGACCAGUGUGUGACUGGUGGGGGGACUGCAAUGGUCAGCCUCAUCACACUUUGUCAGGGGAGCCCAGGUACCCAUCUCUUUCUUUUCCUAAAGCUGCUUUCCCUAGUCAGCCCCCACCCAAUUCCCAAGCAUCCCCAGGCACAAGGCCCUGGGUACUUGCCCCUCACUGCACAGCCAGCUGGUUGGGCAUCUUCCAGAACCUCUCCGCCCCAGAGCCACUCACUACUCUAAAGGCUAGUCCUGUUUCCAAUGAUUCCUGCAGCUGUGGUAGGGGACCUGGCUGCCUCCUGCCCCACUCUCUGCAGGACGGAACCGCCCUACAGCCUGGCUGGCGAGGGCGGUAAGGUAGUAAGCCUGGCCACUGUCCCUAGUGCAGUGGGUGGCGGCUCCUGCAGUUUGUCAGAGGAACCAGCUUCUAGAUGGCCUCUUAAUAAAUUGGUGCCCCCAGUGGAAUGAGUGCAUUCAGCACUGAGUCAGGGGUCAUGUUGUCCUGGGAUGGGAGGGAUGUGUCCUGAAGGCUCAGCCAACCUACCCCCACAGCCUUAGCAAACAUCCUUUGUCUCCAAGAAUCCUGCCUGGGACAUGUCCUACCAUUGCUGAGCUGUGACUCAGGCAGUGAGUAGAGCAGCUCCCCAGCUAGUAGCCCCAUAUCCUUGCUUGGGAGACAGUUCUGCUCUCUGGGGCUGCAGGAAAAUCACUGACUCCCUUGGACAUAGCACAGGCCUGUAGGGACACAGGUGGGGAUUAAAACCAGCCCACAGGUCUCCCCACUACACCCAGCCUCCUUGAGAGCUAGUGUGUCUCCCCACAGCACUCAACUUUAGAUGCCUUUGAAAUCAGGACUGCAAAGGACAGAGUCAUGUGGACUAUUUGUCAUUUCUCACAGAUUAGUUAUAUUUCCCUUCAUUGAACGAGAACCAGCAAGAAACUAUCAGGAGUUUUGCUGGAAUACCACAUCCAGGGGGCAAAGAAGUGGUCUGGAGUCAGAAAAAGAAGAGAAGGCAGUUGGGAUUUCCUAGAUGGGAGGAAUUGGGGCACCAGCCAGACAGCCUUGAGGGGGCCAUGGUGGGGGUGGUAGACUUACAAGUCCUGUUCUGAAGGUGGGCUUCCUGAGCCUCUGCCUUCUAGGAGUUCAGUGCUUCCAGAGUGCGAGCAAAGUGUCAAGAAAUAAAAGAUUUAAAGAACAGGCAGAAGAGGUGUGAGAGGCUUUGGUUGUGAUGCCAGGAAGGGUCAGGGAAGUGGAGACCCAAAGAGGGCCCAGCUUGCUUGCCUAGGAGAUGAUCAUGGAAGCUGACACCCAGCCUAACCCUGUGCCAAGCACUUUACAUGUAUUCAUUUUUUUAUAGACUCUUUUUUUAGUGAGUUUUAGGUUCACAGCAAAGUUGAGCAGAAAGUACAGAGAAAGAGUUCCCACAUACAUACCCAACCUCCACUGACACGUCAUCAUCACCCAAAGCCCAAAGUUAACAUAAGGGUUCCCUCUUGUGUGGUAGUCUGUUGGUUUGACAAAUAUAUAAUGAUGUGUAUCUACCAUUAUAGUAUCAUACAUGUAUUCAUUUUUAAACCUUUUAUUAUGGAAAUUUUCAAAGGUCCCCUAAAGUAGAGAGAAUAGUAUAAAUAAACCCCAACGUACCCAUUGGGGCUACUGCAGUAAUCAAAUGAAAUGGAACCUCACUGAAGGUCUGUACUGCAAGGCUGGGAGGUUUGUAGGCUGCACUGUGCCUCUCAACUGCUGUGACUGCCCGACCUUCCCCAAACAUUCACCAGAUGCCUGCCAUGGGCUAGGCAGUUAUAUGCUGGGAGUGUGACAUUGAGCCCCAGUGACAGCUCCCAACUCCUCAGGGGGCUGUGCCCUCACAAGGGGUAGCCAGUCACACAGAUGGAAACAGGCCAGCUUUAUCCCCCACUUGGCCUCACACAGGCUAGAAGCUGAUAGCAGUGUGGAGCACAGCCUGCCCAACUUUCCAAAGUGGAGGUCAAGCUUUAUCCUGCAGUCCUCUGCCACGAUGUCACCCCACCCACCCAGAGCCCUACACUUUAGGAUUAUAACGUCCUCAAUUACAAAUACCAUAAUUCCAACUCAAACUGCAUAAGCAAAAAUAAAUAAUGACAGGAGGGAGACUUACUGUUUCUGUAACAGACCCCAAAGCCCAUGGGUGAUACUAGCUCUAAUAAAGUCGUCAGGACAUGAACUCUCUCCA